AUGGACAACUCAACUAUUUCCUUCAAUUUCAAUACUUCCCUUAACUACUCACCUUCUCUUUACGAGGACCCAAAAAUCAAGAAUCUAGAAUGAAUGGAUAAAUUUACACACAAUUACGAAAUCGCCAGAAGGAAAGGUGAAAAUUAUGAUGAAGAAAUCAAAAUCCUAAGAGACAAGAUAACAUAUCGCAGAAACGAGAUAGCAAAAUCAGGUCUUUUAAAGCCAGAAGAUUUGAAAGGAAAUAAAAAAAUUGCUGAUUUAGAAAUGAAUUUGUCAUAUACAAAUUCAAUAUUGGGGAAAUUGUGCAACGAAAAUAACGAAUUGAAAGAGAAAAUUCAAAUAUUGAGAAGAACUGCAAUGAAAUGUGAAAAAAGAGAAGAAGAUAUCAAGCAUGAGAUUAUUAGGUCAAAAAGUGCAACAAAAACAUAUUGUUCGACUUCUUCUGCAAAUUUGAAAAAAAUCAAACUUAAUGCAAAUGCUCUAUCUAAGCUUAAUCAGUCGUUUAUAGCAGAAAAUACAAAUUACACAUAUAGAGAGUCUGCACUUAACACUACACUUAGAGAGGUAUCAAAAAGAACAACCCCAACUAAAUGAAAAAGACCAAGAACUCCUCAUAGUGAAUAUAGUGUUUUUCAUAAGCAGUUCAUAAAAAUAUCUAAUAAAGUCUUAUAGGCUAUUUAUGGGAAAACCAAUACUCUGAUUUUCUAAAAGUAUCUAAAUUUUUAGCAAAAAAUUGGGUGAAAUUUGUAAUAGCAAAGAAAGCGGACAUGGACAAAUAUGAUAAUCAUUUACAAGAAAUUAUCAGAGCAUUUAAUGCACUAGGAAGCUCAAUAGCUGUCUACGAUGUUACAGAAAUUGCUGAAAUAAUUCUUUCUAGUUAUGAGCAAGAACUUAGACUGAAAAACAUGCUAUUAGAUAUAUCAGAAGAAGUCGAAAAAGUCCAAAAAAGCAUUGAAGGAACAUAUGAAAGCAUUUGUGAAAUAAAACAAAAAAUGAAGGAUGAUAAAGCAAUAAAAGACAACGAAAUAGUACAAAAAAAAGAAGAAUUAAUGAUUGUAAAAGCACUGAAAGAUAAGGAGAUGGCUAAAUUUAAAUUUUUGGACAAUGAAUGUCAAGUAUAUUUCAAAAAAAUUCAGCAAAUAAAUAAAAGAAUCAAAAAUUUUGAGUCUUUUUCUAUAGUGACCAAACAGCAAUAUUUAACGAAUGUUGUUGAUUUUUCAAAUCAUGAAAAAUAUAUUAGCCGAUUAGAAGAAAAUAUUAGGGCGAUACAGUCAAUCAUAUUUUCUAUGGAUGGUAAAAAAAUUAUUACUCCAAUUAACAAUUUUCCAAAGGUUCAUAGUGCGCUGCUAAAUAAGAUUAAAGAUGCAGAUGUUGAAGUUUUUACUCCUGAGUUUGAUGAGAUGAUUGAACCUUUGUCACGAGCUCAUUUUACCCAUAGGGCUAGAAAAUAUAGGAAUUGCCCGAGGAUGGCGCUAUCUUGCGCCAUCCUCGGGCAAUUUAAAAAAUGGCCCCACACCGGGAAUCGAACCCACGUGUGGGGCCAUUUUUGGUGCGUGUAAGUAGAUGUUUGGCCACACACCAAAAAUGGCCCCACACGUGGGUUCGAUUCCCGGUGUGUGGGGCCAUUUUUGAAUUGCCCGAGGAUGGCGCAAGAUAGUGCCAUCCUCGGGCAAUUACUAUAUAUAGAUCGCAAUCCAUUGCAUACAAAUUAG